AUGGAUCCUAUAACAAGCGCAUUCGAGCGUCUCGGCGCGAUUUAUACCUUCUUUAUCACCGACCCGAUCGAAUUCGGCAUCAUCACUAUGUGUUAUGUCAUGAUAUAUAAGCUUCCUCCUAUUGUGUAUUACAACUUCAUGUUCUAUGUUCGUAUAGAGGAAUUUCCCCAUAAAUUCGGUUUCAUGGAUGCACCCAGACCUCGUCAGCGGAAUGUGCAGAGGAACAACAACGAGAUCGAGGCGGAUCAGCCGGAUGAUCGAUUCACAGAGAACGGAAUCCGUCAGCUUUUCAGGACAUGGUACGGCCCGGUCUUUUACAGCACUAUCGUGGACUUCUACCACGCAGGGAGUAUGGAUGGAGACCUAGUAUCGGUGUUGUUAGGCAGUCUGCCUCUUCUGAUCCCCUUGCGUGUGUACGUUGACUAUCGCCGAAGCUCCCUUUUUGGAAUGUGCUUGUGGAUUUCGUUAUUUUUUGGUUGGAACUGUGGGCAAUCUUCAUACGGUUACGAUGAUGAGAGAAACUUUCGUGGGGGAUUGUCGGGAAAAUCUUCCAUGAAGACGGCAUCGAUAUAG